AUGAAGUUCACCAUCAUCGCCGCUGCUCUCGCCCUCUUCAAUGGCUUGGUCGCUUCCGUUCCUGUCGCAGAGGCAGAGGCAGAUGUCCAGCUCGAGGCCCGCCAACAGGCAGUUUACUACCCCAACAGCCCGGCGACCGUUAUUUGGAGCCCGAGCUAUGGGUACACCAGCGACUGGGUCUCAAUCAGCAGAUGGACCUACCAAGGCGUGCAAUAUGAUACAAACACCCUCCUCAGCUACUCGUUGCCAGGCGGCCUUAAAGGCAAAACGUGUCAAUUUGUCCUCGGUAACGGCUUCUAUGCUGGAGGCACCCGCAAAGUCCAGCUCUUUAGCGUCGGUGGCCCCAUCAGUGCCGCUAACACUUUCACCUCCCGCCCUUACCGUAACAUCCAUUACGGUAUUUUCACUAUUGCUCCAGAUGGUUCGUCGGCCACUUGGGAUGCCAUCCCGCCACCUAAAUUCCCCUGCCCUGAGUCCGCAACUACUCUUGGAUACGAAGUUGUGCCCCAGGGUGAUGAGGACUGGGCCGGCUGGCCCAUGAGCAGUGGACUUGGGAUUCAAGUUGUUUAA